ACAGAACCUAACCGGAGAAAAUAACGCUGGAGUUAGAUCUCAGAAACGCCUCUUCCCAUCACAGGAAGUUCUGAAUCCUAUUGGAAACUGCAGCAUCGCUUUUAGCAUUUCGGAUGUCAUCUCCUAAGCCGUCGUUCCAUAGCCUAGCUUCCAGUCAAGCCUAAGAGGAGUAUAACAAUGGUGACAGGGACUCAGCUGAGGUGAUUGUCUCAGUAACGGUGGGGGGAAACAACGGGGUGGAUCGGAUUCGGAUGGACAAGAGCAAGGGCCGUACCGAUCUACUCGCUGCGGGAAGAAAAAAGUUUCAGCAAUUUCGUCAGAAGAAGGACAGUAAAGGGGGAAGUGGUCACGGAAAAUCUUCAAAAAAAUCUGUUAAAGCUGGAAACAUGAGCCUGACGCUGAAGAAGCUCCUGGUGGCCCUAUGUCAACAACAUCAUCUCAGGUUACCGAUGGUAACGUUGAAAGUAAUGCAGAUUCCAAUUUCUGUAUCAAAGAGGUUUCAGAAUCAGAGUCUUUGGCGGAGUCGUUCACUCUUGACUUCAGUGCUCCAUCUGUUAAUUCAUCAUCAGCAACUGAUAAUGACACAGGUGUUCAAUUGCAACUGGCUACUACUACAGUUAGCACUCCAGGCUCAGGUAGUGGAUGAACAUGAUUCUGCGAUGUUAGUCCAAAAUGAAGAGGAAAGCAUCAAGGAUGUUGGUAUUGACAUGUUGGAAGACGUGCCUCUGGGAACUUUUCAUGGUCCUGUUUCUGAAGAUGGAAAACGCUUGACCAUAUGCCAAGUCCUUGUUGACACGUUGCCUGUACCUGCUCCAGUAACCACUGCAGCGGGAAAGUCUUCUAGAGUUGAAAGAGAGUGCAGAGAUGCAGAGGAAUCCUUACUUUUAUCAGAGGAUAUUCCUAAUACAUCGAGUCAGUUAAAAAUGGAGGUGAAAGUACUCAAGAUGUUGGCACUGAAAUGGUGA